AUGGACCCUUUUGGAUCGAGAAAGAUGCACGUCUUCCCAAACAAUGGAGAUUCCCUCUCCCAACUACCUCAAUCGCAGCAGACAGGCGCACCUAAACUCGGAGCUGGCGUUCCACCAAAACAACAUCCCAAUGGCGGAGACGUCAAGCCUCGCCUCACAAAGGAGCAGCAUGAUAUCCUCGAAGCUCACUUCCAGCAGCAACACAAGCCUAGUACCAACACCAAAAAAGGGUUCGCCGAAACUCUGGGUGUUCCUCUAGACAAGAUCAACAACUGGUUUCAGAAUCGCAGAGCAAAGGUCAAACAGGAUAUUAAGAAACAGAUGAAUUCGUACAACAUGACUAUGGGAAUUUAUGGCCCACCACAGGACCUCAUGGUCGGAUCCCAAUUCGUCUCUACUACAGAUCAACAACAAUCCCAGCCAUCCCAUCAUCAUUCGCAGUCCCUAAGCCAGGACUUCUUCCCCACCGUUCCCACCAAUGCAGACGUCAGCCCAACAUGCCACCCGGUUCAGAAUACGGAAGGCCCGUCAGCCAACCUGGAUCUGGGAUCUCAAAUGGCCUUGCACCCACCCUUCGAUAUGAAUACCCUCCGAUCCAUCAACGAGGCCGGUCGAACCGAGUUUGACCCGGGAACAGUGAUGCAGUCGUUCAUGGCCGCGACAGCGGGUGCAUCCUUCAUGCAAAAUCAGGCAGUUUCCCACCCACAACAGGAACCCGAAUUCACCUUCGACCCAAGUAGCCUUAAUUCAGGUCUUACAUUUUCCACGUCAAACGGCCUCGAUAAUGGGGCGGCGCCAACUCAGGACUCGUUCAGUGGAUUUCCCGAUUUCAGUACAUAUCAGUUCUCGACCCUCACUGCGCCUCAGGCUUCGAAUCCAAUGGAGCAUCAACUCAGUGCUGGUGAGGUUUCCUCGGAGCACUCUCCAUUCUCCGGUUCGCAAGCCGCUCAGCCGACGAGUGAACCGAUUGACUCGUCGAUAAGUUCGAUAGCGUCAAUGUAUUCUGGUUGGAUAGGAGACAAGGCCUCCAAAUUCUCUACCACAAAUGAUGAUGAUGACGGCUUGGAUACCCCUUACAACCUACCGCAAGCGUCUGUCUCCGACCAUGGGUUGAACUUCUGGGGUCAUGGAUUCCCGCGCACAGGCAUGUAUCAACAUGGCAAUGCUUCCGCCCAAGCCGUUCUGUCCUCUCCGCAGCAACACGACCGACAAUCCAGCGCUGGUGCUGUUGACUUCGAAAACCCGUUGUUUUUCAGCGACGAUGCAUUCUCGAGGCGGAAUUCCUCCGCAUCGAACCUUGCUACUAACAUCGAGGCUAUCAACAUCCAGAACUCCCACACUCCUGAUGGCUUCAAGCACCCCAAUCCACCCUCGACCAUAGCCGCCCGCAGGCAGAAGCGACCAACGGCGCUGAACUCCAGCACAUUGCGCAGCUCUUCCUACAGUGGCAGCAUGCCAUCACCCAGUGCCAACGCUGAGCAUACGCUUCGCAGGAUCCGAUCUUCUGGCAUCGGGAACGCGUCUGGUCGCGUGCAGAAGUCUACUCCCGGCUCGGCGCAGCGCUCACCCAUGACUUCGACUUUUGCAGAGGCCGCCGCGUCGCCCAAGUUCGCACGUGCCUUCUCAGCGUCCAGUGCGGCCACCCAAUCGCAAGGUGGAAGUCUGGCUCCUCCGACCCCUUUGACACCAAAUGGGUUCCCACAUUGGCAGUCGAACGCCGUGAUAAGGAACUCAUCUUCUGUCCCCGAGCAUAGCAGCCCCGAGAGCCUCGGCGUCAAUCGGUCCACAGGGCCCCUGUCAGCUGGCCUGUUUUCCAGCGGAGCUUCGCCGCCUUGCACCCCGCUGGAAGUCGGACUGGUAAACCAGGCCACCCUUGCCAGCGAAGAACUUUACCGAGAUACGCCUCCGCAAUCUGCACCAGCCACCCAGCAGACGUUCCAACGAAAUCCAUACAUGUAUCCGCCGCAGAUGAGGAGUGGGUUCCACUCGACUACGGAUCUCACCAUCGCUCAGCCCAAGCCAUCGCACUUCAGACGGCCAUCGCUGCCGGGUGGUGGUCACCCCCAACUGGAUGCGUCGCAAAUGCAAUAUUCGAUGCAGUUCAAUGACAUGUACGACCAGAAGUACAUGGACAUGUCUAUGAAUGGCAUUCACCACAAUGUUCCUUUUGCGCCCCCGGCGGUCAUGCCCGAGUUUCUUGUGCAUGAGUAUCUCCCUCCCACGGGAAUGGGCCCUGGUCAGAUGAUGCGACGCACGACCGAGCCCCAACCAAAAAGCUACAUCUUCGCAAAUCAAGGGCCUGGUGACUUCAGGUCAUGA